CGGCCUCGCGCCGUUGCCCGGCAACCGGGCCGGGGGUCCCGGCUUCCCCCGGAGCGCGCCCUGCCCGCCGGGACCUGCUGCUCCGCCCGGGCUGAGGUGAGGGGGCUGCGAGCGGGGCCUUCCGCGCCUUACCUAAGGGACAGGGAGGAAGAGAGGUCACCGGCACGCGUGGCGUCCCUCGCAAUUAACUGAAAUUGUACUGUGAGAGAGACGUGCAUAUCAACAAUUCUGGAAACAAAAAUGCACACAAACUUCUUGGGCACUUGGAAUAAUGGACAAUACUAAAUAGUUGUGAGGACAGGGAAAUGUAUGCAGCUGAGUUUGGGAGCUAAAACAAGAAACACAGGAGCUCUCUUCACCUGGACCCUGAAGAAAACAGGUCAUCUCCGCAUCAGAAAUUGGCAGGAACUUUUACACUGAAGUUGAUGCCGUGAUUCAGAAAUAUAAAUGGAAUCAGAAUUGUGCCUUGGCCCCUGGAAGAGAAUGUAUGCUAAGUAGCAGUUUUGAAUCUUAGUAGCUUCUUAACACCCAGCCCAACAGAGGAGCACAGACCCACCAUGGACUCUGCUUGGCCACCGGAGCUCACCCCCAGCAUUAUCACUGCCGUGCCUGUAUGCUGGUGCACCUAUCCACGCCCCAGUAAAACAAGAAAAAAUUCACAUGGAUUUUUAUGCACUCUUCUGCAAGAACAAGCAUAUAAAGAAAGAAACUCCUAUGAAACCAAGUGCUAACUUCAGCCAGUCACUUUUUCCUCCCAGUGAGGCAGAAAUCUGAAGGAUUUUUUAUCUCCAGAAGUACAGCAAUUAGAAAUUCCAGCAAUUGCAAGUUGAGAGCAUGUUUGGAAAUUGAACCACUGUUUUAACUACACAGCUGAGUGAAGAUGUGGAACAAGUAUCUGAAAACCCAACAGAUGAGAGAGAAGAAGAGAUGGGAGUUGAUGAAGAUACCAGCUCUGCUAUUUUACCAGAUAGUGAACUGGGUACCAGUGCCCCUUCCUUGCGUUUCAGCAAGACCUGCCUGAAGAAUGUGUUUUCAGUAAUUCUCCUGUUCAUUUAUCUGCUACUUAUGGCUGUAGCUGUGUUCCUGGUCUACCAAACCAUCAGUGACUUCAGGGAGAAGCUCAAGCACCCUGUGAUGUCUGUCUCUUACAAGGAAGUGUCCUUGUAUGAUGCACCUGGUAUUGCCUUUUACCCAGGAAAGGCUCGGCUGCUUAGCUGCAAGCAUCAUUACUAUGAUCAUAUUCUGCCGCUGAUAAAUCCAGGUCAGCCAGGAGACAUUGAGUGCACCACGCAGAGAAUCAACUACACAGAUCCUUUUACUAAUCAAACUAUGAAGUAUGCUUUGGUUGUUCAAGGCCCUCGUGACGUGAAGAAGAAGGAGCUGGUGUUUUUGCAGUUUCACUUAAAUGGAACAGACCAAGAUUUUAGUGCCAUUGAUUACCUUCUGUUUUCUUCUUUCCAAGAGUUCGUCAACAGUCCAGAAAAAGCAGAAUUCAUGAAGGACUGUGAAAGUUCAUACUCCAGCUGGAAGUUUUCUGGAGGCUUUCGAACUUGGGUCAAGAUGUCCUUGGUGAAAACAAAGGAAGAGGAUGGUAGAGAGACUGUGGAAUUCAAACAAGAGACUAGUGUGGUUAACUACAUUGACCGGAGGACUAAGCUGAGGAAUGACCAGCUGUUUUUUGUGGUAUUUGAAUGGAAAGACCCUUUUAUACAGACUGUUCAAGAUAUAAUCACAGCAAAUCCUUGGAACACGAUUGCUCUUCUCUGCGGUAUCUUUUUGGCUCUGUUUAAGGCUGCAGACUUUGCUAAGUUAAGUGUUAAGUGGAUGAUCAAAAUCCGAAAGAGACAUCUGAAGAGAAGAAGUCAAGUAAUGAACCAUAUAAGCUGAGACUAAAACUACCCCAUAACUAUCUGCAGCAGAGGGGACAGAGCACAACUGGAGUAAGCUUCCAUUGGCAAUACAGCAAACAGGUAUGUUUUCUUUAGGAAAAACACAGCUGCUGGAGGAACAGCCUCAUGAACUGACGUCUAAACUUCUGAGAAGAGCUUAACUCUAGGAGUGCUAGGACAGCUCUAACAAACUCAUGCUUUUCUAUUCCAGAUUUAACAAGUUUACCUCGGUAUGUGGGGGGAGUGAGGAGAUUUCACUAAUGUAGCAGAUUCUUUCAAAAGAAACAAACAAAAAAUGAACUGUUUUGAAUGGUUCUCAGAACAGGGGGGUGUGAAAGUGCUGCCUAAGCUCUGAACUUGCAUCUGCUACCAGAAUGCAGUUAUUUCCUUGAGCAUACUUAGUGGAAGGUGAAACCCAAACUACAAAACAGUCCAGCCUCCCCUCUCCAAAGAAUGUUAAAACAAAAUACACUGGAAUUCUACUACAUCAUUUCUCAUUUAAAAUGUAUUGACUUGAAUAUUAAAAAAAAUAAUAAAAUAAAAUUGGAGUGAGCUGUCAUAUCCUUCUCUGAAACUGCCUGCUCUCAGAUGCAGCUGGAGUUUUACAGGAGGUAAUCCAGACGGGAAUAUUAAUGCAAGAUGUUGAAGUUUAAAAAAUAAUUAGACUUUUAUUUAUGUAUUUCUGGUCAGUCUAACUCAAGCAACGUGAUAGUUUCAGAGAUAGACUUAGGCUGCUGCUCCUUCCUCUUUCUUGCAGUCUUUGCUAAAGUAUUAAAGAAGCCUUUCAUCAGCCUGGCACUUAAAUGUGAUUCUGUUAUAAAGAGAAUGUGCACUAAUGAGCUGUGCUGGGGUGGUGGAGUCCUUUUCUUCCUUAUAAGUCCCUUGCUGGUCAGAUGCCUGACAACUCGGAGCUGUGCUGUCUACAAGGCAGCUGUGCAGCACUCACGGCUGUGUGUUUGCUCUGAAAGGUUUGUUGCAAGGAAGGAAGCAUGCCACAUCAUAUUUUGCUGCUUCCCUCCUCUACUAAUGGCUUGUUAAUGAAGUGGUAAGUGUACUCCCAAUUUUUUUAUUUUUUUUUUUUCCUUCUGAGGAAGUGUUUUGGGACAAAAUAUACUAACUUUCAGGUGAUUUCCAGAGCAAAAUGAAGGCGCUUAGGGUUAGAAGCCACAUUCUAAGUGCUUUGAUAUUGCCAAGAGUGCUACAGGUUAAGGGCUGUUGGUAGGAGCUGCUCUAACCCUCUGGUCUUUACGAGCACAAAGAUGUGAUUACAGCACUAAAUACAAACAUAAAGACUUUAUUGAAUGCUGCUCAAUUCCCCAAAGAUCUUUCAUUACAAAAGUUUUCCACACAACUGCAAUUUAGGAGAUUGGAAUGGUACUCUGAUAAAAGAUGAUGUGAAAAAUACUUGAUCAGGUGACAGACAAGACUUCCAUAGUCAACUUCCCACUUUCAAGGAGUGGACUGCAUUUUCUUUAAAUAAAACAAAGAACUAGUUACUGACAGCCUUUCCUCCUCACUGAAAGGAAAAAUAUACCCCUUUUGGUAUUGUUUUUCCAUCCCCAAGGUGCUAAAAGUAAUGCAGAAAUGGCCACAAUGGAUGGGCAGUCUCCAGGAGAACUGCGCUCUGUGGGCUGAGCAGGAGCAUCAGUGAUGGGCUCCCUAAGCAAAGCUCUAUUCUCAGCUGCAGCAGGAGGAAAUUUUAAGUAUGCCUGGGACCAAGAGGCAGUGAGAAGAGAGUAGAGGUACUUGCUGCAUGUAACCAAACAUAUAGGCCAUCCUGCCCUGUUCAAGCUGACCUUCUCUCCCUAUAUGUCUCACACUAAGUGACCUUAUACAAAAAUCUAAAUGUCAAUUCAGUCAGGAAUUCAAGACCAGCACCAUCUGAGAGCUCUUUUCAGUGCUGUGAGGGACACAUACUGCGUGUCUCAUGCUACUGGUAACAGACCUUGGUUUUAUUUGAGAAAAUACAGCACUG